CGCAAUUACGUAACGUGUGCUUCCGUGUCUACGUAACUUGCCGCGGGUUGAAUCAAAGAUGUCUGGAAUUCCACACGAUACAUGGCAGCCACCGCACGUGUUAUUAGAGACAAGCAUGGGUACUAUUACUGUGGAGCUAUAUUGGCUGCACGCUCCUAUGACGUGUAAAAACUUCGCAGAGCUUGCUCGGAGAGGGUAUUAUAAUGGAACGAAAUUUCACCGAAUCAUCAAAGACUUCAUGGUACAGGGAGGAGACCCAACUGGAACAGGAAGGGGAGGAGCCUCUAUAUAUGGGAAACAAUUUGAAGAUGAAAUCCAUCCAGACCUAAAAUUUACAGGUGCAGGCAUUCUAGCAAUGGCAAAUGCUGGUCCAGAUAGUAAUGGGAGCCAAUUUUUCUUAACUCUGGCACCUACACAGUGGCUGGAUGGGAAACACAGUAUUUUUGGACGUGUGAGUCAUGGACUAGGGACACUAAACAGACUUGGAAUGGUGGAAACAGAUUCUCAGGACCGGUCACUUGAUGAUGUUCGAAUAUUGCGGGCUUAUCCAUCUGGCUAAAUGGAAGCAGAUAAAAGUAGUAUUUUCUAAUCUGUAGUGACGUGUAAGCCUGCACAACUCUGGCCUGCUAUUCCUUUGUAAUAGAUGAUGGGUGUGCUUUAUCUGAUCUAGAAACUUAAAAUGUGCUAAUCUUUUAACUGACUGCAUCCAGUCAGUUUAGUUACAAUACAAUUUUUCUAUGUAUUUAGCUAAAAGCCACUCCCUUUUUUUACCUGUAUAUUUGAUGUAUACGUUUCCAUCUAGUUAAAGCUUUUUCCAAGUGAAGCCUGCCUAACUUCAAGUUGAGCUAGAGGUAGGCAAUCAAUUGGAAGAUAGGCAGGAUUUGCAUAUUUUGUGUUAUUAGCUAUGUUGCUUGAUAUUUUGCAUGCACAGGUAGGGGAUCUAUUAUCUGGAAAUGCAUUAUCCAGAAAGUUCUCCGCAUAGUAAAUCAUAAUAAACCAAAACAUUUUACUUGACAAUAAGUAAGACAGCAUAAAUCUAAGUUGGUGACAAUAAAGUAAAGUAAAGCCUAAACGAAUGGUGGUCCAAAUUAGAGACCUUGUUUUUGGAACUUCAUGUCCCAAUGUAUUGCAGAAAAUAAUUCCAGUUCCUAUAGGUAAUGUGUAAAUGCAGAGUACUAUAGAUAAAAUCUAGCUGCUGGUGCCAAAUAAAAAUGGGCAGCCGUAUAAGAAAUGUGUGUGUUAUAUAAUAUGCUGAAGUCUGUUCUAUUGGUUAAUAUGUUCAAUGUUGAUAUGUUUUAAAAAUCUAUUAGUAUUUAUGUA